AUGUUGUCCAGCGAAAGGAAUAAUUACAAGCCAUUAGACGCGCCGGACAGGACCAAUGAAGGGCCAGAUCGGGCCGCACCGACUCAGCGGCUGGUGGUCCGCAAGAUCCUGACCAUUUGCUGCUGUUUGCUGAUAUUUCUUAUAGUUGCUGCUUACAUGGCCUUGGUGUGGAUCGGCCAGAGUCAGGGCACGACGUCCAUGCUGCAGUUGACCCCAAACAUGGUGCUGUAUUGCACUCCGGAAGAUGCGGUGGACAUGGACAACGUGACCUAUAACAUUUGGUGGCCUGGCUGUGAUUAUGUCACGUCCAUGCAAAACUUUACAGAUGGAUGCCUCGAACCCUGCGUGGAUGCAAGCAUCAUGUUUGACAUGCAGAAGUUAAAUGAGGAACUGCCUUCCAAGUUGGUCUCCUACCCUUCCAGGACUGCCUCGGGUUUCGAGACGGUCCAGCUGCAAGGCUUGUGGCUCCCAGCAGAUGCCUCGAAGUUCCCAGGACCGCGGCCGCGGAUUGUGGUGCAGCAUGGUUUCCAAGCGAACAUGAAUGAGUUUAGACAGCAAUUUGUGGCCUUCAUCCUUCGAUCUCUGGGCUUUGACUUGCUGUUGAACAACUUCCGCGACCACUGUCGUUCAGACCAUUCGAGGGAACGCGUGUUCCAUUGGGGCGAUGCAUAUCCUUUCGACACUUUAGGAGCUUGGGAUUAUGCCAAAGAUGACCCCGAUGGACUGCUUGGAGGUUCCAUGGAUGCUUCCAAAGUGGGCAUCUUGGGAUUCUCCAAGGGUGGUUUCAACACUCUGAACGCUCUAGGCUUGGAGGGCGAGAUCCCAGGGGUCUGGGUGGACAGUGCCCCAUCUGAACCCAAGACGGUUUAUGGAUAUGGCCUUGAGUUGUUUUUGAAAGGCUAUGGCAUUGAUUUUCUCACACCCCUGGUGUUGGAACCUGCAUGGGCCAUCAUCCUCCACAAUGGUCGUGCCGCGGGGGUCGAUAUGGAGAAGCACCUGCCAGCCACAACACUGCCGUUGGGACCCGACACCAAGAGGCCGGUCUACAUGGUGCAGAACAUCCCGGACACCACGGUGCCGAAACGCGAGGCGGAGAAGCUGAAGCAAAUCUUAGAAAAGUAUCCAGAGAAGUACAACCUGUCCAAUGUCUGGUUGCUGGACAAAGUCUGCAAAAACGUUGACCAUUGUGCCAACCACUUGUCGAAGCUGGCUGAGUACAAGUACAGGCUCUGCAGCUUCUUCGCUUCCUUAUUCGACCUGUCGCUGGACCUUUGUCUCAGCCCGACCAAGGACGCCGGCCAUACGGGCCACAGCCAUCAGGGUCACGGCCAUGGCAAAAAAGAGGCGGAGAGUGCUGAGGAGAGCGAGAAGGGUAAGGCGGAGAAGGCAGACGCACCGCAUAAGGACUUGCUCUACAGGCAGUAUGACGUGCCGCCAAGCGCCUACCCCGAUCCAGUGGACUAUGACGAGCCGACGGUCACGCGUCUCACGUGGCACCUCCCGACGUUGCCACCGGACAAGACUUAUCGUUGUACAGUGGAAGGGCGCUUCGAAACCAACACAUCUGUACAUUGGUGGACGCCAUUAAUGAAGUCCGGGCCCUUCGUGGUGGAGCGUGUGCCUCCUCCAACGCCACCGGAGCUCGUGCCGGUGGCGGAACUGCCCACGCCCGAGCAAGAAAAGCUCUUAGCACGCUUGACUCCACACAGCAACGCAUGGUUGGCAGUGCGAUGGCCCUGGCGGGUCCAGGGACGCCACGUGGACAUUCUCAAGGAGAGCAGUCACGUCCUGGAGUACUGCCAAAGUGAUGCACUGCAGUCUCUGAGGGAUCCCAGUGCAGAGCCUGUGAACACGGAGGGGGAGACGGCGAUGAAGGGUCGUGCUCUUGGCCGCUGGCACGAAGCCAAGUCCAUGCAGAUUUGCUUCGUGCACUUUGUGAAGAACGAGGUAGUCUUUGAGUUGCCGCCAGAAGCUUCCAGCGAGCCAAAUUGGGUGCCAGUGCUGGUGGCCAGUGGCUUGUGGCCGGCUGAAGGUGAGCCUGAACCCGAGUCAGUUCACCUGCGCUGGCGCUAUCGAGCAGGCCUGGCCGAGCUGGCCAGCACCAACAGCUGCUUGCAUUUCAGCGCAGCUUCUGGACCCGUCCGUACGAUGAUCGCGCAGCCGGGAGCCGUGGAAGUCUACAUGGCAGUGCCAGAACGUGCUUCUCGUUUGGCUGGCUAUCUCCACUGGAAUGCAUGGCGAGGAUCGGAAAAGCAUCAGUUUUCGUACAGGAUCCUCUCGAAUCAAAAGAAGAGCCAACGGCACGUGCGAGGCGUGCUGUUGUGGACGGUCACACUGUCGUUCAUGAGGCGCACCGCCAGUGGCCAGUUUUGCUGUUGCGAAACAGUCUCAUAG